AUGUCCAGCCUUGACGUCAAGACCUCCCUGGACGGCCUUGCUGUACUCGCUAGGCAAGGGUCGUGGAGGGCCAUAGUGGACAAGGUGGUGGAGGGAUACAAGCUGGCGGGGUUGGCGCAGCAGCUGGCGUUACGCGGUUACCACGUGCUGGCGCUGAUGAAGCUGCGCAUGUAUGGGGCAGCAGCAGAGGAGCUCGCUCUCCUUGGGAACCUCGACUCGCCACAGUACCGCUACGAGGCACAUCCCGGCAUGUACCCUGGGAGGAAAGGUGAGCACCCGGAUGUUACAUGGUUACCAUGUCCAUGUGCUGCUGGCGCUGAUGAAGCUGCGCACUCCGGCAUGUACCCUGGGAGGAAAGGUUCCAUGCUACCCUUUGCACUGCGCUGGCUGGCAGCAGAGCUGCCCCACCGCAUGGGCAAUCCGGCCCUCACAUUGGAGCGUUUAUGUGCUCUGCAGGCGUACUGCACAGCUAAGAUGAAGGAAGCCGUGCGGCACGCGCUAGUAUCCCACCACCUGGUGCAGCGCGACUACCCCACUGCACUCCUCUGGCUGCAGCGCCUGCUGCGCUACGAGCCGAGCAACGCCCCCCUGCUCUCGCGGUACGGCCUCGUUCGGCUGCAGCUGGGGGACGUGGAGGGCGCGAGCGCCGCGUUCGGAUUGGUGGAGAAGAUGGUGGUGCAUCGCGAGGUGGAGAUGGAGACAGCAAAUCUGGCUGAGAUGAAGAGGCUGGUGCGGCUGAACAAGGCUCUGGUGCACUUUGCUCGCAAGGAGCAUGGGCAGGCGCUGCAGCUGUUCACAGCAGUCACCAAGGAGGACCCUACCAACUCCAUUGCUGCGAAUAACAAGGCCCUCUGCCUGAUGUACGGCCGAGAUCUCGCGACAGCGGUGCGGGUGCUGGAGGACCAAUUGCAGGCGAGCCCGCUGACAGCUGUCGACGAGACAGUGGUGCUCAACCUGUGCUCCAUGUACGAGCUGGCGGCGUCUGAUACGCUCAACGCCAAGAGCACGCUCAGCAACUGGCUCACGCGGUUGGCUCCAGAUGACUUUGACUUUGCCUGCACUCGGCUGUAG